GAAUUAAAACGAUUUUGCCGCAAUUUGCAAACAAUUAUAAUGCACAUUUAUGCGACGUGCUAGGAGAGCUGAGCUGCAUUAAAUCUAAGUACUCUGACUGUAAACCAACAAAAAAGCAACAAACUAGCAGAAGGCGAGCGAAAAAACAUGCAAAAUAUGGGCAAUAAAAAAUAGCAGCAAAAUAAAGUGCAAGUGGAAGCGAACAGGAAAUGAAUAUGCAAAAGAAAGGAUAUGAAAAAUGCAAAUAACGAAAACGAGUUCAAUGUGAAAUUUUUGCUAGCCAAACAUAUUUGCCCAAUUCCCCACAUCUACAUCUACAUAUGUACAUAUAUGUUCGUAUAUCUGUUGGUGAGCGGAGUGUGGAAUCAACUAAUUGUGACUAGAAAACUCGAGCGAAGGAUGAAAUAAAAAUCAUUUCAAAAAUGCAUUAAAUCUAACCACAAAAUAUUAAACGAAAGGAAAUUGCGACGACAACAAAAAAAAUAACUAGAAGAAUUAUUUCAAUUGUGAAAAUUGAUUUUAGUGGGUUAACGAACGGAUAUAAUUCUCCCAAUCGCACGCGCUCUUAUUACUCCUAACACGGCAUUUUUUCAUUGAAUAUUCAAUUUAUUGCUUAAAUAAAUGAUUUGCUAACAAUGUUGCGACUGUGCAGAUUUUUAAUAAUCACAAUCGGCUGCUUAACAACUUGGCCAGAGCUCGCUGUGGCUUUGCGAAAUGUCAACGUGCGCAUUCCAUCGGCUGUGAAACGUGGCGAUAAUGCGCUCUUAAUCUGCAAUUAUGACAUCGAGAACGAUACGCUCUAUGCGGUGAAGUGGUAUCGGGGACGCCGGGAGUUCUACAGGUAUACGCCCAAGGAGAAUCCGGCCUGGAAAAUAUUUACGAAAACCAAUGAAAUCGACGUCGAGACCACUAAAUCGAAUGCCAGCCACGUGCUGCUGCGAAACGUUCCCACCUCAAUAUCUGGUAAAUUCGCCUGUGAAGUGUCCGCUGACGCCCCCACAUUUGACACAUCGAUUGUGGCUGCCGAUAUGGAAGUUGUGGAGCUGCCCACUCAACGUCCAAUCAUAACGGGCAUUCAUUCGCGUUAUCGCCUCGGCGAUGUUAUUAAUGGCAACUGCUCAUCGGACUAUUCAAAACCGGCCGCCAAUCUAACCUGGUGGAUCAAUGACAUACAGGUACCUCCAAACUUUUUGCGCGUCUAUGACAUACAACGCCACGUUGCUGAACACCUCGAGUCGUCUGUCUUGGAACUGAACUUUGUUGUAACUCUGCACCAUUUCAUCAAGGGGCGUUUAAAGCUGAAAUGUUCUGCACGCAUACACGAUAUUUAUGCGCAGGAGAGCGAGAAGCUAAUUGAAGAGGAUCGUCCACGCAUUCUGGCUUCGGGUCGCUCGCCCGAUAUGAAUAUGUAUCCAUUCGAUCAGCCUGGGGAUGCUGAUGAGCAUAACGAGCUCUUCUUGACGCAUAAAAACGCUGAUUCCUCGGCCCCCAGCAUACUGUCGAUAGCGAAGUUGAAUUCGAUAUUGGCCCUACAUCUGUGCACCUUUCUUAUUGUGCUAAGGUUAAUGGGACCGGAUGGCCGGGUAAAUGCUUCACAGCGCCAUUGUGUGAGAACUAAGCGUCUUAAGGGUGUGCACAGCAAAGAGCUGAGGAGUCUGUGGCCGAGCACCCCACGAAGUAACUGCUUCUGUAAGGAUUAUGAUGAAGGACAAUCUGUGAGUGUACGGUGAUGAGCUGAUUGGGACGGGACGCGAGAUUCAGACUUCAUUGGCAAUGGAAAGAGAUGAGCUCAUUAUAAUAAUUAUUACAGCAACUAUAAAGGCAUAUACAAGCAUAUAUACAUACUAUAUAUAUAGUGAAAAUCAAUUAGGAAAUUGUCAUAAUGAAUGUUUGUUAAGUGUCAUAGACAGCCAUCUCCCUUGCCCGUACGUAUAUGGCUUUGUGAAAUAGGCAUGCCGACACAUGAGCACCAAAUACAUAUAUGUAUAUACAUACAUAUACAAGUAUAUAUGGUACUUUGAUGAUAUACCAACGAACGAAUAUGGAGUCUUUCUUGUUUCGUCUAUUUUUUGGUAAGCCACUGUAUUCAUUGAGCCGACUAAUAAUGAAGUGUUCAGUUUCUUAAUAGUGUUGAGAGAAAAGAUAAUGUUAUCAGAAACAAUAUUUAACAAUAGUUAUAAAAUUAGUUGAAUUCCAGGCAGAUAAUUGUGGAGCCAAAAAGGUCAGAGUACCUCAUGCAUUCCAAAUAUUUCCAUGUAUAUACAAAGUUAUACAUUUAUGUGGAUCAUUUUGCUUAUAGCUCUAUAUCUCUCGCUUACUCAAUAUUAUGAUAAUAUUCCAAAAAAAAAAAAUAUAUAUAUAUGCUAGUUUACAAAGGCACAUGUUUUUAACAUUCAAAUCAAUUGCUAAGUUUUAAGUUUCUAAACGAGAACUCACAAAGAAGCCUUAAAACUUUAGGAACAUCUACAAAACAGGGUCUGCAUACAAAUCAGAGCAAUCUAUUUACGCAUAGAUUCUAAUAUCCAAAACAAAAAGUUCAAAAAAAUAUACACAUAU